AUGGCUCGUGUUUUACCGUCGGCAGCCAUCAAUUAUACAGCACAUGAACAAUGGAAACGCAUUCUUGAAACGGAUAAGAACGAACGAACACCUGGUCUUCGUUUCAUGGCUGGCUCUUUGGCUGGUGUCACAUCGGCAACAUUUACUUAUCCACUCGAUUUGAUUCGUGCUCGUAUGGCUGUGACCAACAAGACAAUGUAUGUAUAG